AUGGAUCUUUGCUCGCAGCAGGGAAAGAAUCGUAGUAAUGUUUUGAAUAUAAUUUCAUUAUUUUCUUAUAUUUUUCUAUUACAGGUCAAUAUCUUGCAAGAACAAUUCCGUUGUUUACAUUUAACACCAUGUCUGGAUAAAAUUGUCUCAUUCAAUCUUAGUGAUAUUGGAGAAGGUAUUCGUGAAGUUACAGUUAAGGAAUGGUUCGUCAAAGUCGGAGAUACAGUAGAGCAAUUCGAUAAUCUAUGUGAGGUACAGUCGGAUAAGGCAUCUGUCACAAUUACCAGUCGUUAUGAUGGUAAAAUUACCAAACUUCAUUAUAACGUCGAUGAUGUGGCUUUGGUUGGUAAAGCUUUAUUAGAUUUUGAAGUUGAUGAUGAAGAGGGUUCAGAUAGUUCCGAUUCCGAUGAUGAGGUAGCAAAAGCUAAAUCCACAACAGAAGACAAAAAAUCCACUGAUAAUAAACCUCAAGCUGCCACUGAUGAAGAAGUAAAUCGUCAUAUAACAUUGGCCACCCCGGCCGUAAGACGUAUUGCCAAAGAAAACAAAGUUGAUUUGUCCAAAGUGAAACCAACUGGUAAAAAUGGUCGCGUCCUAAAGGGUGAUGUUUUGGAAUAUUUGGGUAUGGUACCGGCUGGUACAAAUAUACCACAUCCCACAAUUGCUGCCAAGAAUUUGCAAGCAUCAUCUGAAUGUGCUGGCAAGGCUGCAGCAGCUCCCGUUCCAGCUGACCGCGUUGAGCCAUUGAAGGGUGUACGCAAGGCCAUGCUUAAAUCUAUGACGGAAUCAUUGAAAAUCCCUCACUUUGCCUAUAGUGAUGAAAUCGAUAUGACCCGCCUUAUGGAAUUCCGUGACCAAUUAAAAGAUGUUGCCAAAGAACAAGGUGUUGGUAAAUUAACCUUUAUGCCAUUCUGCAUUAAGGCCGCAUCCAUUGCUUUAAGUAAAUUCCCCAUUGUAAAUAGCUCCUUGGAUUUGCAAAACGAAACUCUGAUAUACAAGGGUGCCCAUAACAUCAGUGUGGCCAUUGAUACACCCCAAGGUUUGGUGGUGCCAAAUAUUAAGAAUGUGCAAAAUAAAAAUAUUAUGGAAAUUGCAAAGGAUUUAAAUGAGUUGGUUGAACGUGGACGUAAGGGUACACUUACACCUCAAGAUUUUGCCGAUGGUACAUUCUCUUUGUCGAAUAUUGGUGUGAUCGGUGGUACUUAUACACAUCCCUGUAUAAUGGCACCUCAGGUUGCCAUUGGAGCCAUGGGUCGUACUAAGGCUGUUCCCCGUUUCAACGAAAAGGAUGAAAUUGUCAAGGCCUAUAUUAUGAGUGUCAGUUGGUCAGCCGAUCAUCGUGUAAUCGAUGGUGUCACCAUGGCCAGUUUCUCUAAUGUAUGGAAGAAAUAUUUGGAAAAUCCCGCCUUAUUCUUGCUAAACUAAUUGACUACUAA